UAGUUGUCCCUCAYGUCUUGUACUUUAAGGAGAAUGACAUUUGUUUAUGUGUCUUCAUCAUUAACAUGCCUUUUCGUUCUGUCUGUCACAGUACUUUGAAGUGCCCUUUGACUCCAACAUGAACCGAACAAAGAACCGUCCCCUCGUCAGAGGACAGAUCAGCCCACUACAUGCCGUGUCAUUCGCUCUGGCCUGUGGCAUUCCUGGAGUUGCUCUUCUCACGCUGGCAGUAAACCCCUUAACAGGCUUCCUGGGCGCCUUCAACAUCUUUCUGUACACCUGCUGCUACACGCCACUCAAGAGGCUCAGCAUCGUCAACACCUGGGUGGGAGCGGUGGUCGGAGCAAUACCCCCUGUGAUGGGUUGGUGCGCUGCCACAGGCAGUCUGGAUCCAGGUGCUCUGGUACUGGGCGGCUUCCUCUACUGCUGGCAGUUCCCGCACUUCAACGCUCUCAGCUGGAACUUGAGGGAAGACUACUCGCGCGGCGGCUAUCGCAUGAUGUCCGUCACCCACCCGGGCAUGUGCAAGCGAGUGGCCCUGCGCCACAGCCUUGCCCUGAUCCCGCUGACGACGCUAGCGCCCGCGCUGGACGUCACCACCUGGAACUUCCCCGUCGUCUCCUUACCCAUCAACCUGUACAUCAGCUAUCUAGCCGCCCGCUUCUACUACCAGGGGGACCGCAACAGCGCCCGCAAGCUCUUCUUCUGCAGCCUGUGGCACCUGCCCAUGCUGCUGCUGCUGGCGCUCACCUGUCAGAAGUACAGUCGGAGUCCGGAGGACACGGCGGCGGCGGCGCCUCUGACCCUCGUACCGCCUGCGAAAUAACCGGGACCCUCCUUUUAACCGCAGUGCUCCUGGGUGGAGAGAUGUUUGCUGACGCACUGCUUUACAGAAAACACAACAAGUUGCAAUCUUUUAAUUGUGUGUUCUGUAGUUAUGUAUAUUUAUUCUUAAAGGGUCCCACCAGUUCUUGUGUCUUAUAUCUGACUGAAAAAUGACUCUGUACUGUUUACACCGCUCUCACGGAAAACCUCAGCCUCUGCAGCUCGUUAAGGUGGAAACCAUGUUGUCACGGGGUUUUUAGGAAGUGGUAAAACAGGACAGACGCGAUGAUGACAUGUUACUUGACAGUAAAUAAACCUCAUUUUCCUUUGAAACAAAAAAAAAAUGUGUAUGAGGUUUAACUUCAUAAACCUGCUUUAAGAGAUCAUUUGAUCCCCCUUUGGACAAAAGGGCAACUAUCCUCAACCAAUAAACAUAUAAUGACUGUAA